CAGCUUGCUUUGUCGUCCUCCACGAACAAGACAAAGAGGAAGACGUCCUAUACGUGUAUACGUAGACUUAUCCCUUCUUUGAUAUUUAGGAUUGUGUGGUGAGAUACUUAUUAAGCGCACGCACACACAGAGAGAGAAGAGAUAGAUCAUUGAGCUGGGAGAGAAAGAGAAAGAGAAAGAGAGAGAGAGAGAUUAAUGUGCAGGAAGUCGACCGGCAUGAAGUUGCAGCUGCUCUUUCUUGCUUUGUUUCUUUCAGGAAUUCACUUCAUCGACUCAUUUACCGAUCCUCAAGAUGUUGCGGUACUCAUCGCCUUGAAGGCCACGUGGAAAAACACACCACCAAGUUGGGGGCAUUCAGAUGAUCCAUGUGGAUUGCGCGGUUGGGAAGGAGUUACUUGCAACAAUAGUAAUUCUAGGGUUACUGCCUUGAAAUUAUCAACGAUGGGCCUAGAAGGGAAGCUUGAAGGUGACAUUGGGGGACUCGCUGAAUUGAAAUCCUUGGACCUAUCAUUUAACCGUGGGCUCACAGGUUCCCUCUCUCCACAGCUUGGGGAUUUGAAGAAGCUAAAUUUCCUAAUCCUAGCUGGUUGCAGCUUCACUGGUGAUAUUCCAGAAGAAUUGGGAAAUCUUUCAGAUCUCCGCUUCUUGGCUCUCAAUUCAAACAACUUAACUGGAAAGAUACCUCCAUCUUUCGGUAACUUCGCCAAACUCUUUUGGCUAGACGUCGCGGAGAAUAUGUUGACAGGACCUCUCCCAAUAUCAACCUCCAUGGGGGCCCCAGGCUUGGACCUACUUUUGAAGGCUAGACACUUCCAUUUCAAUAAGAACAAGCUUUCAGGUCCCAUUCCAGCCAAACUAUUCAGCUCUAAUAUGAGUUUGAUACACAUAUUAUUUGAUGGAAAUCAACUUUCUGGAAGUAUCCCACCAACAUUAGGACUUAUAAAAACUCUUGAAGUUCUUCGGCUUGACAGAAAUGCUCUGACAGGAAGUGUCCCAGAUCUCAGCAACCUAACAAAUAUCAUUGAAUUGAAUUUUGCUCAAAAUAAAUUGACGGGUGCUUUACCAGACUUGACUCAAAUGAUGAAACUCAAUUACUUGGACCUUAGUAAUAACUCAUUUGAGCCAUCAGAAGCACCAACGUGGUUCUCAACCUUACGAACACUCACCACUCUGGUUAUGGAAUAUGGGUCACUUCAAGGGCCCAUACCACGAGAACUGUUUAGCCUUCCACAAUUACAGCAAGUGAAAUUGAGAAACAACGAAUUUAAUGAAACAUUGGACAUGGGUGCGCAUGAAGAGAUCAGACCACAACUGAAGCUUAUUGAUUUACAAAACAACGACAUUUCUUUUGUAAAAGUGGGCACUAAAAUCCCGAAUUUCUUAAAACUAAAAGGAAACCCAGUGUGUAACGACGUCUAUCCUAUCUUGGAAACUUACUGCCAGCAAAAUCACCAACCACCAAAGCCAUAUUCUACUAGCUUGGCUAAUUGUGAAAGUACAUCAUGUCCUCUUGAUCAAAAUUGCAACCCUCGGAAUUGUGAAUGCGCCUAUCCAUAUAAAGGGACAUUAUAUGUUGGUGGAUCACUUUUCAGUGAAUUGUCCAAUGCAACUGUAUUUAAUUUUCUGGAAUGUAGCUUGUGGGUGAACUUGAGUCUCCUUCCACGUUCAGUUUCUAUUCUAAGUACCGGGUUCAAUUUUGAUGACUAUCUACAAGUGCAAUUGGCAUUCUUUCCCUCAACCGGAAAAUACUUUAAUCGAUCAGAGAUUCAGAGAAUUGGGUUCCUCAUGACUACUCAACAAUAUAGGCUACCUCUACAAUUUGGAGCCUAUUUUUUUAUUGCAGACCCUUAUGCUUUCCCAGCCAAACAUGGAGGAACUUCUAUUGGCACUCGUGUAAUAAUUGAGAUAGCAAUUGCUUGUUGUGCCAUUUUGGUUCUGGGACUCCUGGGAGUAGGGAUAUAUGCGGUUCGACAAAAGAGACGUGCGGAAGCCGCCAUUGGAUUUAGUAAUCCGUUUGCUUCUUGGAGAUCAAGUGGCAAUGAUAGCAGCGGGGCAGCUCCACAAUUAAAAGGUGCAAGAUUGUUCUCUUAUUAUGAACUCCGAAAGUGCACAAAUAAUUUCGCCGAGAGAAAUGAGAUAGGUUCUGGAGCAUAUGGCAAGGUUUAUAGGGGUUUGCUUUCCGAUGGACUAGUUGUUGCUAUCAAAAGAGCUCAGCAAGGAUCAACGCAGGGUUUACUUGAGUUCAAGACUGAAAUUGAAUUGCUUUCCCGAGUUCAUCACAAGAAUCUUGUUGGCCUUGUGGGUUUUUGCUUUGAACAAGGAGAGCAGAUGCUGGUCUACGAAUUUAUGCCUAAUGGAACAAUUAGAGAUAGCUUAUCAAGGAAAUCUGGCAUUUAUCUUGAUUGGAACAGAAGACUCUACGUUGCUCUUGGUUCAGCCAGAGGACUAGCUUACCUACAUGAGCAUGCCAAUCCUCCUAUUAUACAUAGAGAUAUUAAGUCCACGAAUAUUCUGUUGGAUGAAAAUUUGACUGCAAAGGUUGCAGAUUUUGGCUUGUCUAAGCUAGUAUCAGAUGAUUUGAGAGGCCACAUUUCAACUCAAGUCAAAGGCACGAUGGGUUAUCUGGAUCCUGAAUAUUAUCAGACUCAAAAAUUAACUGAGAAGAGUGAUGUUUAUAGCUUUGGAGUUUUUAUGCUUGAAUUGCUAACAUCAAAGCGACCGAUUGAGAGGGGAAUGUACAUCGUCCGUCAGGUGAGAACAACAAUGAACAAGGACGACGAAGAGCACUAUGGUUUGUGGGAUAUGAUUGAUUCGUCCAUUAGAGACACACCAAAUCUUAUAGGGUUUGGGCAAUUCUUGGAAAUUACUAUGAAAUGCAUUGAAGAUUCGCCUGAAGACCGUCCAACAAUGAGUGAAGUGGUAAAGGCAUUUGAAACAAUAUUACAAAAUGAUGGGAUGGCUUUAAGCACAUCUGCGUUGUCUUCUACAAGUGACCUUGGAGCUUCAAAGCUGAGUGCUUCUAAGCAUUCUUAUAAGGAUGUUAGUAGCAUUGAUAUCUUCGAUUAUAGUGGUGCAUACAUAGUCUCAUCAAGAGUUGAACCCAAGUAGCCAA